CCGCAAACUCAGCAAAACCUAGCGAGGUAACGGUACCCAGGCUCCACGAAGGAUGGGGCUAGGGGGCUAGGGGCACUGGAAUCCAAUGUUACCUUUGCAUUGCAUGAUGGGAGUUAGUGAGUCAAAAUGGCGGAGAACUUGAAUUCAGAGUUUUGGCGUAGCAUUGACGAACUCAAACUUCAACUCCAGUCCAUGCAUAGAAUUGAGCGACUCCAUCGACUAAAUGAGGAAAGUGAUAAAGAAAAUGUUGUGAGAAUUGAAGAACUAUCCAGGUAAGGAUUUAUCACUAGAAAUUCUGUAAGUUGAUAAUUUUCAUGUACCUAUGAACAUUAAUUGUCUUCUGAACUUUGGGGUUCGCAUUCUGUAGAGCAUUUAAUUUUCUCGAUAAAAGAGAGAUAUGAAUGCAUUAAAACGUCACUCUUAUCGCUGAAUCACAAUAAGAAUGAUUUAAAAACAAGUUACUCUUCUUAAGCUUCUUACUAUUUAAGACAUUUAGGCUCAAGUUAAACCACGGUAUAUUAGCAACGACCCAAGCCAAUAUAAUUUUUCUUUACUUUUAGGGGACCGUCGCUUUAUAGAGGAAAAACUUACUGAAUCCACGAGCAAAACGACUAGUUUACGCGACAACGAGACGAAUUUAAACGCCAAAUGCAAUUGUAGGAUGUAGAACUAGAACAAACAUUAAUCUUUUUUGGUUAUUUUCUAUAUUAACCUCUCUUGAAUCUACGGUGAAAGAAUAGGCCAAAAUCCAAAAAAUUUCUAAGAAAUGUUCCGUCUGCGAUAUUCAUUGUUCGUCGUUGCUAGAAGAUGCAUCCAGAAAUGUCCAGUAUGUGAAUUUUUUUUUCGUUCUUUUUUGUUAAACUUAAGACGUUAUUUUUUUUUUCGUUGCAUUAAACUCGUUCUUUCGCUCGCGCACUUACUUGUUUUCCUCUCAGCAGAGCGAAGGUCCCCUAAAAGUAACGAAAGCCAAACAUUUGAUUCACGGGUCCAGUCAAGCUUAUGAGGGCAUUCAAAAGGGGGCAAAAUCCAGCAUAUGGCAAUCUUUUUUGAAGUAUACUUGAAGACUUGGGAUGUUAUUUUCGUCAACAGACAUGACGUCAUCGCCAAACUAGAAGACGUUUUCUUGACAAUUGUUGAGGACUUAUCAAAGGAUAAACCGCCUUCUUUAAAGUACAAUUCCAGAACUUCUUGGAAAAAUACAAGGUAAAGAAGUCUGUCCCAAGUAUGUAAUAAGAAAGAAGGAAAUUUUGAUUGAGAUGAUAAACUCAUUGAAAAGAGGGAGACUCAUCUUCAUAACAAAAUGAGUGUAUCAAUAAUUGGAUAGGGUUUUAAAUCAGUUAGAGUGAACUUAUCAUAUAGGCAUUUUUUUAUGGCCCACUUCUUUAAGACGUUUUCAAAGUUUACAUUCUUAUAAAACAAUCCACAAGAGAAAUAAGACUGAAAAGAUAUUCAACUGCCUUUAAUGAGAUAUAUUUUCUUGGUUUGUUUUACAACCAUUCAGUCAAAUUUUGUGCAAGGCUUCUGUAUUUUGUUUAUGACACUACCCUGUAAUGACUAGGGUUCCUGCACUGAUCAGCAUCACCCUGAAUGAGUUAAGUCGAUCAAAGUAAAUUUUGUUCUUGCUCAGAGUUUAUUUCAUGUCUAUUUCUCUUGGUGACAGGUUCAACAGUGCAGUGGGAAUAGAAAUGAUUGAUGACAUUAGCAAAACAGAACAUAAGUUUGAUUCCAUUGCAUCAGUGGGGAAGUUUGGUAUGUACCAGUACAGUCAAACCUUAAUUAUAUGGACACUGCGGAGGCCAUAGAAAGUGUCCUUAUUAACAAGGUGUACAUAUUUUAAAAGAAGGCUGAAUUUAGAGAAAAUGUAAUAGCUGGGGACAAGGAAACCUGUUGGUAAUAACCAGGUGUCUGUAAAGCAGGGUUCGACUGGGAUGAAAAUUUUAAAAAAAUCAGAAUAGCCCUUCCCAGCUAGCAAGCUGUUGCUGAAUUUCAUUGACCUACAACAGUCAUGUAGACCCACUAUCCCCCUUUUUCUCUGACAUACAUUUACUUUGGCAAAUGUUGCCUUUUUGUCAGACAGCUUGUAAUAAAAACAUGUUAGCCCAGUUCAUGGUGGCUUUAGUAGCCCCAAGCUGAUAAUACAGCAUUUUUGUCAUGACCUGAAAAUAUAAACUGUGUACUUUAUAACAAUACAGUGAAACUGUAAUCUUAUGCCUUAUGCGAUCACCUCUCUAAUGAAAGAGCACUCAGGACUAAAAUACAAACAAUAGUGUUCCCAGUCAAAAAACUAUAUUUUGACCCUCCAGUGUGCACAAUCACCAACCAACAGUUUGGGCAGUUUUGGAGGUUGCUUACAGUGGAUUAAACAAAGGGUAUAUUCUCAGGGGGGUACUCUACAAAGUUUUAUACGGGGAGGCUAUGCUGCGAGGUCCAACCACUUAACCUUUUAUAUAUACCACAUUUUGACAGGAAAGGUGCUCCUUAAAUGUAUUUAACCUUUCAUUGAAAAAUGUAUCUCUUUUACAUACUUAGUUUAGAACUUUGCAUCCUUCUUAACUGCUGUAAAUUAUGCACUUUCUUUUAGAUAUGAAUAAAUCAAAUACUUCAAAUACUGAAAUCCCUACCCUUUCAUAUAAACCUGAAACCUGAAAAGGGCACUCCUUUUGGUCAGAGCCUCCAGGUAUAGGCCAUUAGGCAUAUGGAGUACCUCCCGGGGGGAGGGGGAGGGUUCAUCUAGGGGUAUAUUAUUUCCAGGCCCAGUGCAAAUAUGCCAUUUAAACAGUGGAUAUAAGUCACAAACACCCUUUAGUGUGCAGCUACUAGUAAUGCUUUGAGUUUGUAGUUUCUGCAAGUUUUUCUUUCUAAACGUGUAUGUUUCUUCCUUUUAAAGCAACCACUUUACGAGUCAUGGCAUUUUGUUACAAACACCUGCAACAAGACACUUAUGCAACAAAAAGGUUUGUAAACUCACACUGAGAACUGGGAAAACAGCUAACAUCAUUCUGAACUGAACAGUUGAAUUGCUGCAAAGUUACCAAAUUUUCAUGGGGGUUAUUUUUAAAAUAAUCUUUGUACUCUGAUAUUUAGUAUCAUGGAAUUGUUGCAUAUUUUAUAAAUAAAGAAAAUUCACCAUUUGGUUAUUUGAAUCCGCACUGACAAUCUACAGAGUACAAUUAGAAAGUUGUGGCAACACCAACCUCCUCUCCCUCCCCCCUUUAUCCCACUCCACUCUACCAUGUAACAAAAAAUUCUGUCAAAUUGGAGGGGGUCUAUAAAGUAAAUGAGUUUUGAACACAGGGAUUUCCAGAAAGCCAGUAGAUCUGUCACCGGUUGAUCGGUCACCUCGCCCGCAGUAAAGGAAUCAGGGAAAUUUAUGCUUGUGGAAUUCAGAAUCUGGGAAAUUUUUCCUUCUUGAAUCUGGAAUUGUGGGAAUUGGAAUCUGGAAUAAAGCUGAAGGAUUCCCGAAUCCCACUAACAAUUAGAAUCUUGAAUCAAAGUUCCACUGACAGAGAGUGGAAUCCAGUACCCGGAAUCCAGAAUCCACAGGGUGAAAUCCAGAAUCCAAGACUGUCUUAUAUGGGGGAAUGUCACUGGAUGACCUGUUCUGUGAUAUGUUCUUUAGAGAUAUUUACUACUCAGAUGUGGUAUUCUUUGGCAGUCAGAGCGUAGUAGAUGAGAUCAUAGACAAUUUGGCAUGUAUGUUAAAAGUACCAAGGCACUGUCUUCAUGUGGUAGGUGUCACUCAUUGGUCUCUGUCCAUGUCCCUGACUAAAUUGGUUAAAGUAUACAAAGUUCAAGAUUUAACUUUAGUCUAGGAAGACCAAACAAUUUUAGGGGGGUCAGUACAAGCAGUUAUAGCUACGAUUUCUUGGCCGAUUUUAUAAGGAAAGCAUAUAAUGGCAAACAAAGAAACCGCAGUAAUUUUAAAAAUCUGCUGAUAUUUCACUUUGGUCUUUUUGGUCCGAUAAAUUGUUGCUUGUAAAUUGGCUCUCGACAAAGCAUAGCGUACAAACACUGAGGCCUUAACACUGUUAGUGACAAAAAGCAUUCAUUAAACGAUCCAUUAAGUCAAUCAAUUGUAAAACUCAAAUCACACGAUUCAUUACCCGGGAAGAUGGGUAUAGGGAAGUUACGAUGGGUUUGGUCUUGCUUCCAAGUCUCGUCACAGGUUAACAAGGCAUUUUUUAGCCAAAAAUUCUCUCAAAAAUGAAAAAUUUCACAAGAUCUUUGCUCUUUACAUUUCAGAUUGCUGCUUCCAAAGGUAAUUAACGUUUUCAUGUGCUCAAAGUUAUUUUUUCGUUUUUCGGCGGGCAUAUUUUGUAAGCUGUGGACGCGUGUGUGACAGUGUGGUUAACACCUCGAACUCCGGAUCCGGAGGUCCGGGGUUCAAGCCUCGCCCGUCGCGUUGUUUCCUUAGACAAGGAACUUUACUCCACUUUGUCUCUCUUCACCCAGGUGUAUAAAUGGGUACCGGCAACAUACUGCUGGGGGGCAACCCUGCGAUGGACUAGCAUCCCGUCCAGGGGGGAGUAAACCAAGCUCGUCUGCGCCUUUACCUUUACACUCUUUUUUUUCAUAAGAAUGUUGUUUUUCCGGCCCAGGCUGAAUAUUCUUAUUUUUCUGCUGAUUUUAGGCUGAAAAUAUUCUUGUAUUAUUCUUAAAUAAAGCCUAGUGCUGUUUUUGUUUUCGCUCAGUUUUGUUAUUUAAAAAGGAAAGAAUUUGUCAUAAUACUUUUUUGCGGUUUAGUUUAUGUCUUUUGUGCUGAAUACUGUACAUAUGUAUUACAUGUACCGUUCAUCGAACUGUCAUUAGCGUUGAACAUUUUGCUAUAGCUAGUGCAGGUUUUUUCGUUUUGUUGGCUAGUUUCGCCGUUCAGAGAAAGGAAUAAUUUUAUACGGUUAAGUUAAAAACAUAAAAUUGUAUUGUAUUUACAGAUGUUUCAACACACAAAAUUAUAUCUAUCCUUUUCAAAAUCUCAGCCUCGGCUUUAUUCUUAAAAUAUUCUUAAAAUUUCGCAAAUUUCAGCCUCGAUAUUCUUAUAAAAUAUAUUCUUAUAAAAAAAAAGAGUGUACCUAAGUCUGUAAGCUGGAACUGGUCGCAGAGGUUUUCUUCCUAUUUCAAACGAAACUCACGAGCCAGAAACAUAUGACCCACGUAUUAAAAGAGGUAACUAACAAUUAUGUAAUGGGUAUAAAAAUUGCUUCAGAAUAAACAGUCAUACAGUUUUAUCAAGGACCUAUUGAUUUUUUCCCUGUAUGAUUAUAGCCCGCUGAGUUCCAAAGUGCUCUGCACUGUAAGCAGCACUUAUUUAGCCCUUGUUAUUUAUUUAUUUACUUAUUUAUUUAUUUUGAUAUCAGGUUGUGUCGCUGGAGACUUGAGAUACAAAGAACAUGACGGAACCUACGUGGACUGUACGGACAAAACUUCGGUUUGUUAAAUUGCUCCCUUUCACCGCUUGAAACUAAUUGAUGUGCAGGGGAGGAGGGGGUCAUGGCCUGCAUGGUGUUGCGCUAAUUAAUGCCGUUUUGUUUCGGUCACUGUUGCCGGGUGUUUAUGUCUCGUAUGGUUUGUUACACACUGAAUUCUGACAUGGUUUCAGUUUUUUUAACCUCUUCCUCCACAACAAUAAACAUAAGCAUCUUCUUCGUUAGCGUGUUGGAAUUCAUAGCUACAGGUUCAGCCAGGCUCCACUCGGAGCUGAACAUUUAGCAGGGUGUUUCCCAGGUAGUGUGCGUAACAAUAUUUGACCAAUCAAUCCUUAAUUAAUUAAUAGCCCGUGGAAAUUGUCUUGCGGCUGGACCUCCUAUAGUAAAACAAGUUUCAUUGCUAUGCUGCUCCUCUAUGGCACGCGCGGGGUAGUAAAGUAUGAGCGAAAAUAAUUUCCACGUAUGCGAAAAAAAGGAGCAGAUACAGGUCUUCGUUGCUGAAGGGCGGAGAGUCGCCAGGGGCUAUGAAAGACGAAAGUCUUAAUAGACCACUUGGGGCACAAACGCAUACACUCUUUUUUAUAUAAGAAUAUAUUUUAUAAGAAUAUCGAGGCUGAAAUUUGCGAAAUUUUAAGAAUAUUUUAAGAAUAAAGCCGAGGCUGAGAUUUUGAAAAGGAUGGAUAUAAUUUUGUGUGUUGAAACAUCUGUAAAUACAAUACAAUUUUAUGUUUUUAACUUAACCGUAUAAAAUUAUUCCUUUCUCUGAACGGCGAAACUAGCCAACAAAAAGAAAAAACCUGCACUAGCUAGUUAGCAAAAUGUUCAACGCUAAUGACAGUUCGAUGAACGGUACAUGUAAUCCAUAUGUACAGUAUUCAGCCCAAAAGACAUAAACUAAACCGCAAAAAAGUAUUAUGACAAAUUCUUUCCUUUUUAAAUAACAAAACCUAGCGAAAACAAAAACAGCACUAGGCUUUAUUUAAGAAUAAUACAAGAAUAUUUUCAGCCUAAAAUCAGCAGAAAAAUAAGAAUAUUCAGCCUGGGCCGGAAAAACAACACUCUUAUGAAAAAAAAAAGAGUGUAGGAGGGCAGUCUGAUGGCGGUAUGGCAUAUAAAUACUAAGCUGAAUACCUAGCUGGAGUGGAAGUCUCUAGAGUGUAAAAGGGCUUAUUUACGCCGCGCGAGAGUCAAUUUCGGCGCAAAUAUUUUAUAUCGAUGAAAAUAGGAAUACCAUUACAGUCAUUGACAUAUCCAUUACAGCGCGUUAUGGGACGUAACCGCGAAGUUGAUCUUAUACCCUUAAAAUUUACGAAAAUGUUGGAACCUACUUUAUCCUCAGGGUACCAUGGUGUCUUCUCAUGUACAAGGGAUAUACGGUAUCCUUACAGAAAAAAAAAGAUCUAUUUUUUGAGCUGAGCGUCAAGUUACAUACAUUUGUUUUGGGUGGAUUUAGGGGUGGUCCAAGGGGACCGCACUUCCUCUUUUUUCGGUGAAAUUUUGUUUUGUUUUGUGAGGAAUUUUUAUUAAAAUUAAGUUUCAAGUUUCCCUCCCGGCCCCGCCUCCCCUUCCUGAAUUUUCUGGAUCCUGCCCCUGUUUGUAUGAACCACUUUUGACGUUGACUUCAGUCAACGUUUUAGUGUCAACUGUCAAAAUUUGUGUUACCAAUCAACUGAUUCUCAGUCUUCAGUAGUAAUUUCACUUGGUGCUAUUUGCCUUCACCAUUUAACAAUUGAAAAUGAAAUCAGGUGGAAGUUUUGUCGAAUUUUUACUUUGGCUACUUCCGGGAAUGGAAGAAUGGAUAUUUCUGCAGUAAUCAGCUCACAAGUCUGACCUUAACAGCACUUGACUAACUAGAUAUACAUUCAGAUGCCAAGUUUGUGCUAAUCGUUGAAAAAGAGGCAUCUUUUCAGCGUCUUCUGGAUGGUAAUGUUCUACAGAAGUUAUAUCCCUGUAUUGUUAUCACUGUAAGUAGACUUCAAUCGUAUGAAAGGUCACCGAAUUCAGAAUUUAUAACUGAAGUCUGUGUGGAUUUUUGUCACUUUUUUGUACUGUACUUUUAUACUAUCUACUAUGCUUGACUUUACCCAGAAGCUCCCAGAAUUAAAAGUAAAUUCAGCUAGCUGAAAUUAAAUGUGAUUUAAAGCUUGCGAAAAUAGGCUUUAGUUUCCAGAAUAUAGUUCGUGAGGCCUGAGCAAAGGUUUCAAGGCCUCUGGUCUUCAAGGACACUAAGGUAUAAAGCCAACCCAGUUAAGUCAUUAACCUUAUAAUCUUAAAUAAAGCCGGUUAAAAAUAGAGAUUGUCGAGAAAAGGACAGAACAGACCUCGCUUAAUAUCUUAAGUUUUAAAAUCAGGAAAUACCGUGAUUGAAAAGCUCUUAAGAUUACCAUAUGCUCCCUUAAGUUUCUCCAUUUAUUAUCAUCACAACAAGUUUCUGCUAAAUCCAUGAUUAAAACAUCAAAAUUAUUUUAUGUUUUUCAAUGAAGGCUAAGGGAUUCCCGGAUGUGAAUACCCGUAUGAUGAUCCGUCUGUUGUGGUGCACUCUUCAGAUUCCCAUCUUAGCCCUUGUGGAUGCUGAUCCUCACGGUGAGUUCAUAGUUCAGGCAGGGCUCGAAAAACACGUGAAUUCAAGCUUAUCCUUUGGGCAAGCAGCUCUCUCAUUUUUCUCGCCCAGGGCCACUUCUUGCCCUUCUUAGUUAGUGAUAAUGCUAGAGAAUGACUUGCCAGGACCUUUACCGAUUGGGCAAAUAAUUUUUCAAAGUUACUUGCCCUGCAAGAAUAUCUACCUAUACCGGGGGACUACCGUAUAGGACUUUUUUCCAGCCCUGAGAGCUGUUAUUUUCAAUAUGUUUUUUUUUUCUUUUAUUAACAGCAUUGCUAGAAGUAACAUGGCUUCGGAAUUUCUAUAGUGUUAGAGAUUUUCUACUGCUCCCUUUUACGAGAACAGUGGUUAUAUCGUGUUAUAUCUUUAUCAUUUGCAGGAAUUGAGAUUCUAAGUGUGUAUAAGUUUGGGUCUAAGGUAUUGUUACAUUUUACUGCGUUUCCUCAUCAUUAACUUAGCCUGAUGCAUUCUAUCUUAAUUAAAUACUACGUAACCGAUUGAUGUAGAUUUUCAAUAGUGAAUUAUAUUCUUGCAGGCUUUGUCAUUUGACGCGCACAGUUUGACAGUUCCUGUUAUUAAGUGGCUUGGAGUGUUGCCAAGUGAUAUCAACAGGUAUUACAAGGUUUUUUUAAAAAGGGUCUCAAGUUACUUUUGUCAUCGCUUUAGUUUUACAAUGCUUCGCUUUGCUAUUGGCCAAAAAACGCGGACCACUGUUUCAGCAAGUCUUUUUUUGGCCUUUGAAAACACACCUGCAGGGUCUCUGACCUAUUGUUUGGUUACCUAGCAACCGGUUUUGAUAACUUCGUGGUGGCCUCCGGGCGGCCGUGCAUGGGCCAAGCGCUGAAAAACGCGCGCGUGUCCACGCGUCAGGGUUAUUUUGGUUCUCUGAUUCUGAUUCUCUGUCUGAAUGUUCAGAAGGCCCGGUUUUAUGAACCGUUCUUGCAAUGCAGUAACGCCGCAACCGAGUCAUCUCAGUCUUAUCAGUUAGAUGGGGGGAAAGAAGGGUGGCUGUUCUUAUUCCCUUUCCUCUGCGUCUAUCCGAAGACGACUUGGAACGAAUUAAAAGUCGCAGGCACGAAAUGAAGUCGCAAUCUUUAUAUUCUUUUAAAACUGGCGUGAUAAUAAAUGGCUAAUAGAGACCUUAAGCAACUACGAUGACGACGUUAACGAGAACGUAAUAAAAGCAAUAGGUUAAGUAAGCAAACCAACAACUCUGCACGUGCAUAACGCUUUUUGGUAGAUGUCUUUGGUUUCUUUGACGUCCAAAGGACGAUCACGAGCACGCUAUAUGGAGGACGUGAACACUAGUACUACCUUUUCCGUUUUAGAACUUGGAUGCGGGCCUGUUUAAGAAUUCACCUGCAUUUCACAAAAUGAUCGCAACUAAAUAAACGUGAUAAGGUUUGAAAGAACGUUAACGCGAAGGCAUUUAUUCCCUGCCGUCGCCAUCCUGGUUUCUAAAGCUGGCUAUUGUCAUGUCAUAUAACACGAUAAACCAACCUGACUGCGAAAAAUACCAUACUGGAAAUACUGAUCAGAAAUAGGCUGCACGCAGGUUUAAGAUUGUAUGCAUAUUUUCAUUGAAUUUUCAUUCUUAUUAUAUUUAAGUUCAGCCUUAAAAAAUUUAAACGUUUUUUGUUUCAAGGCUGUCUAUUCCCCACGACAAGCGCAUACCGCUGACCGACCGAGACAAGAGUAAGGCGCGUGAUCUUCUGGAGAGACCUUACAUAAAAUCACAAGAGGCCUGGGUACAAGAGGUAUUUUGUGUAACAUAUUGCAGUAUGAUUGAGACAUGUUCCGAAAGGUUAAUAUUGUUAGUAUCGGUAGCAAUGCAAAGUAUAAACUCCCGUGCCAGUGGAAACUGUCCGCUGUAUACUAGUGACUGACGGCAAUAAUCAAAUGGUAGAAUCUAGGCAUCUUCCAAUUAUUUCAGCGCCAGCUAGUUAUUAUUGGAUUAUAGGCGAUUAGAAACGGAGGAAUAUUCAGCUGGAAUGAAAAUAAUUGAUUUUAUGGCUGGCUGAUUUAAUGGGAAAAUGUUCUGUCUGGAAACCGGUCGUUUCGAGUCGUUUCGAUAGGAACUCAAGCAGUGAAACUGCACAAAAAUUUCAUUCACUUCAAGUAUAGUUUGCGCGUAAACAAGAAAAACAUUUUGAGUGAAUAUUCUUCGUUCUUUAAGCCAACGGACGUGAAACUAGUACACCUGGACCGGUAACAACCUUCUGUCUCCUGUAAUCUUCGCCCAAGUUCAGUUGAAUCGAAGGUCUUUUUACCACAGUUUUUAAAGAUCUUCCAUUUCAUCGCCAGCACUUUCUUUCUCAUUGAAGCUCCUGGCCUUAUGGUGGUACCAAAGUUAUAAACUUUUGUGAGUUUUGAAAGUUAGCACAGACCAGUUAGAUAUAUCCCAUCGGUAUUGUGUUGGCUGAGCAAGACUUGCAGACCAUGACUGUUUUUAAGCAAUGACAACUGUAACGGCGUUUAUUGGUGCAUCGUAUUAGUGCGUAGACAGUCCAUCACAAUAGUUACUUGAUCGCAGCUGCUGCAGCUAGAUAAGACUGAAAUUCCAAACUCCGCAUUGUGUAUAUUUGUAUGUUUAAUAAACGUUGUCUUUCUUUGUCGUUCUGUUUUUCUCUCGGCUUUGAGUUCUCUCAGUUUGGUUUCAAAGAAAGGUUCAUCACACCGCAACGAUCAACCAACACCCAAAUCCACGACUAGCGUGAAACCGUCAAUUACAUAAACCAUGCAGGUGAAGGAUACCGUAAACUGCCGCUUGUAAUCUCCCCUACUUAUAACCCCCUCCCCACCCACCCACUCAGGUAUAGGCCCAUCUACCUGUAAACAAAAAAUUCUAUCCGAUUAUAAGCGGCCUUGGAUAUAAGCCCCCCUCGUACUUUUAUUGAAAUGAAUUCGAUUUGUUAUGACGUUUUGAAGCUUAAUAAAAAAAACUAGCAAACGCAAAACAUAUUUUGAUCAGCAAUGCUAUAACUUGUUUCAAAGCGCUUUUUCUAUUGCCGGUUCUAAGCCCUCCUCCUAAAACCCCUUACGAAGAUGUAUAAGACCAGUGCUUAUGAUCUCGCCGAGAUCCAAAAAUCUCGGCGGCCAAAAUCCUGCCGAGAAUCUCGCCGAGAUCUCGGCGAGAUCUCGGUGAAAAUUUUGUACGCAGUUUACGGUAUGUUGCAGAUCCAAAAAAAUAUUAUAUCAUAUUUUUCUUCUUUUUGGUUUCAGAUCAAGGCCAUGUUAUCCUUGGGAUAUAAGGCAGAAAUUCAGGCUCUUUCUUCCGUUUCUUUUGAGUUUCUAACGGAUACUUACCUUCCCGUCAAGAUUAAACAUGGCAGAUGGAUCUGAC